AUGCCCAAACAGGCCAGUCUACAGCAGGAGUCUCACUUCUCUCAGGUAAAACAGAAGGUUGCAGCUCUGUGCGCCGCCUCCUCGCUGGCUGUACGUCAGUAUCAUUUUAUCUAUGAACCAAAGACCUGGGCUGAUGCACAGAGUUACUGCAGAGAAAAGUACACAGACCUGGUCACUGUGGACAGUUUGGAUGUCGUAACGAUCCUCAACAAAAUGGUCGACCUGAACCAAAUGGGCACUGCAAGAGAUGCCUGGAUCGGUUUGUUUGAAGACGUUGAUAGCUGGAGGUGGUCGCUGGUGAACGACACUUUCUACCAAGGCUUUGGGACGCAGUACAGGAACUGGAGACUUGGAGAGCCAAAUAACCUUGGGUCUAAUGAGCCUUGUACAAACAUGAAUGAUCUUGGAGAAUGGAACGACUACUCAUGUGAGGUGGAAAUUAGACCAAUGUGUUUCAUAGUCAGUGGCCAGAAAGCUGAAUUUGUUCCCGUAAACAUAUUAAUGACGUGGACCAAGGCGCAGACCUACUGUAGAACCCAUUACACAGAUCUGGCCAGUGUGAGGAGCUCAGCAGAGAACAAGGACGUGUUUGCAAAGAAACCUUCAGGAGCACACUGGCUCGGCCUGUACAGAGACACCUGGAAGUGGUCGGACGGAGACGGGGACGCGUUCAGCUACUGGUCGGGAACCCAGCCUGCCGGUUCCACCGAGCAUUGUGCCACAACUUAUUUCUCUGAUUCUGGGAGAUGGAGGGACUGGUUAUGCAGUUACGCCAAGCCAUUUAUCUGCCACCAUGAUGUUGUUUCUUUUAAGAAGCAUGUGAUGAAAAUAAAGCUGGUGAGAAGCUCCACUGUGGAUCUGUAUGAUGCUGGUAUACAGAGUGACAUCCUGAAUGAGUUCUGGCCCGACGGCAGCGGCAAAGGGAGUCUAUGGGUCCUGUUGGUGGCGCCGAAGGCCCGACGCCAGCAGCAAAGGGAAUCUGUGGGUCCUGUACGGCCGGUCCACGUUUCGGCCGCCUGGCCCCUCCCAAAAUCGCGCCACUUCGACGGACGCGCGGGCUCGGCCAAUGCGGGGCUGUACGGCCCCCCCCCUCCGCCUGCGUACGGUUCUCGACCCUACCCCCGGGCGCCACACUGUGGAUGGAGCCCGCGCUGCGAGCGGAGAACGGCCUUCUUUGGGGGGCCGCCGCACGGCCGCCGUGCGCGGCGGCGGGACGGCGGCGGCGGCGUGGCGGGCGGGGAUCCGCUCUGCACCUGCCCGGCCCGCCCGCCGAUUUUUAAGGGGGCCGGCCCGGCCGCGGCGAGCUUCGGAACGCCGCCGCGCAUACCUGGGCAUUGGGGCUGUACGGGGCUGUACGGAAAUGGAGGGUCUCGUUUCGCCCGCCCGCCCUGGAAAUUUUGGUUUUGGCCCUAG